CUUAAUCAUAGUCAAUAAUCAACUGUUCCGAAUGUAAGGAACUUUUCUCCUUAUAACAUAAAAAUCUUUAAAAGGUUUUUUUUUUUUUUAUUGAAGUAACAAGAAAAGAAAAUUACCUAUUUUAACGUAAUUUUGUCAAGAUGAACACAAUUGCACGAAUUGGUAUUCGUACAUGGCGUGGAAAGUAUCCUAGCUAUAGUACAUUACCUCCAGAAGUUGUUGUAUUCACUGAUAAAGAUAUGAUUAUUUGUUGGCAUCCAGAUCAAGGAUUUCCUUACGAAUACUCAAAGCCUAUAGAAGAAGAAGUUUCAAUAUCAAAUGCAGUACUUAAAAUCGGUGAAAAAGAUAUUGAAGAUGUCUUCAAGCAAAAGAAUCAAGAUGAUGUCAUUGCAGAAUUAGCAAAAUUAACCUUUACUACUAAGCAUAGAUGGUAUCCUCGAAGUAGAGAUAAAAAAGCCAAAAAAACUGAACCUGAUAGACCAUACUUGUAAAAUAUAAAAAUUAGAUCUCUCUUUAUGUUGUGUGUAUAUUCUUUAAUUUACUUUUAUUACGAGAAAUAAAAUUAUAUAUUAUUAUCUUCAAA